AUGUCACCGGAGAAGGAACAAGAACUUUCCAAUAGAAUUCUAGAGAGAGCUCAGCUAGCUCAAAUGACGCGUCAAUUGAAACUGGGUCUCAGUAAGGUAACUUCAAAUACAGCAACAACAACGACGAACAAUUCAUCAUCCACCAUGAGUAAAGAAAUGAGCAGGAAAAGAUCAGGUGAUGAUAUUGAGAUUAAGCAUGAGAACACGUCCCUUUCACCAACAAAGAAACAACAAUUGCAAGAGGGGAAGAUUAUUUCAAAAUCACCUUUGAAAUUCGCAACUACGAGGACCCCACCACCAGCACCACCAUCAUCAGCGGCCGUUUCGAAUUCUAAGACUACUAAUGAAGAUGAUGAUUCACAGGAGGAAAACACAAAGGAAGACCUAGAACCUCCUAGCACACCUAGAGCACAUUCACAAGCCGUUAUGCUAAACUCGCGGAAUGCCAAUGCAACAAAUAAUGAAAGGAUAUUUAUGACACCUAGACGUCGAUUAUCCACUUCUUUAAAUAAGAGAAACAGUGGUACAAAUCCUGAAAAUGAUGCAGGGGCGGAUCUACUAAUGUAUCUUGCCACAAGCCCAUAUACCUCAGUGCGUCAAACUUUGACAGAAAACAUGAGCAUGACUAAUAAUAACAACAAUAAUAAUACUAACAAUACAAAUAUACCGUAUUCAAGAAAUGGGGGGGCCAAGAUUCCAAGCACACCGUCAUCAUCAUAUCACAAUAGAUCAGAUGAAGCUAUCAGAUUUUCUAAUAUGAAGCCAUCCAUGUCCUCUCCACAAUCUACAUUUAAGGUGCCUCAUAUGGUAACAAAUAAUGCUGCCAUCGCCUUUUCCGAUGUAUUGAUGGAAUCUCCGUCAUUAUAUAUGAGUACGUCACCUCAGGCAUCAUCUUUCUUAUCACCACAAAAGAGAAGACAAAGUAUCAAUAAUACUCAUGGGAACGCAACUUUAAUGCCCCCCUCACAACAAGUACCCACCACACCAUCUCGAGAUAACAAUAAUAACGGCAGUGGAACACAAACGGGCAUUACCUCGAAUCACACGCUUCUAAAGACACCCAACUUUAACAUGGGAGAUUAUAUACAUAACCUUUUCUCCCCAUCGCCAAGGGUACCCCUAAGUGGUCUUAGGCGAAGUAGCAUUACGGGUGCCAUCUUAGGAAUGAAUGGCACCGAUACCGUGUAUGGGACAAGCACCAUAUCGGCAGGUACUAAUAUCUCAUCAAACCUAUCAAGCAACUCAGCAGGGUCGGUCGAGGAGAAAGAAGAUUGA